GUUGUCUAUGAUCUGGUUGUACAUUCACUCUGACUGACUGUUAUCACUGGUUUCGACACUCUCACUCGGCGGAAAAGACAGAGAGACAUCGCGAGCAUGCUGUCUCCGCAACCCCGGUCCGCGCCCACAUCGCCCCUCGCCCGCGACGGCUCCUUCGCCUUCACACCCUUCCCAACAAACGACAGGCGGCCGGGGCAGUCCUAUUCCCACCACCGGAGGACACGGACCGUGCAGGUCUCAGCAUGGGGAGAACUUAGCUGGACGCAGGAGACAACCGACCCACGCUCGAGGCCGCCACGCCCUCCGCCCGCCGGUGCGCACUAUCCUGCAUCUGUAACUCUCGCUCCGAUCUCCGAGGAACACAAGGAGCAAAGAGGCAGACUGCCUUCACGACCGCAGGCUCCACCUCACCUUCACGCACCAUACACGCCCUCUAGCCUCGGCCCGCGGCGCCUCCCACCAGUCGAGGCGCUUGAUGGCUCUCUAGACUACAGCCUCGGUCGGCGACGGGAGCGAUUGACUCACACGUCGGCUGCGAUCCCCCCGCCGAUUUCCACGCCCCGAUACCCCGAAGGCCGAUGCUCUGAGACUCCCAGCCCUCGUACACCCUCACCGCCAGUCACGCCCGAGACGCCCGAUAUCGAAACACGCCGCGUUCGCGCCAACAUGGACGAUUUGAACCAGAAGUUCGCCAAGAAACUGUAUAUGUGACUGCAACGGGGGUCUUGCUACGCUAUGCAUUCCCCAUUGUUGAUACAAAAUAAUGCCUUUUGUCUAGUGGUGG